AUGUUAUUAAUGAAAAUUUUCUUAAUUAGUAUCCUGGUAGGAAUGAUGAUCCUCCUCUCGAGUGAUUCGCAGACAGAGUAUUUAAACUCUCACAAUGAUGCGAGGUCUAAAGUGGGAGUGAGCCCUCUGGUGUGGGAUGACACUGUGGCGGCCUAUGCGCAGAAUUAUGCUAAUGAACGCAUUGCAGAUUGUGCUUUGGAGCACUCUUCCGGCAGUCCCUAUGGAGAAAACGUUUAUGUGUCGUCUGGUGAAGCAACACCUGCGGAUGCUAUGAAGUUAUGGGUGGAUGAAGAGCAAUAUUACGAUUAUGAUUCCAAUUCAUGCGCUCAAGGACAGCAGUGCGGACAUUACACUCAAGUGGUUUGGAGUAACACGCAGAGGGUAGGGUGUGGUGGUGUUACGUGUGAUAAUGAGGGCACUUUCAUUAUCUGCAGUUACGACCCACCUGGGAAUUUUAAUGGGCAGAGGCCAUACUGA